AUGGCUGCAUCACUCGCCUCUCUGUCCUCGCAAGAGUAUAUGCGGGUUGAGGACUAUUUGAACGACAAACUACAGUCACAAGAAGAUCUGGAUAGCUUGGAUUUGUUGCUCCAGAACCUACGAACCCAGCAUGAGUUGCAGCGCAAGCAGCUGCUAGAAGCCCAGGAAGCACUCGAAGAGGCCACAAAGGCCUCCGAUGAUCAUCGAAAUGCCGUGCGGACCCAAGUCCAGGCGUUCAAUCAAGAGCAAGCCGACAUCGACCAACGCCUGAAAACAAUCACCCAGUCCGAAACAAGCGAUGCAGCAGUUCGUCGCUUUGAGUCAAUUAUGGAAAAGCUUCAAAGGCUGGAUGUCGCAAAGGGCUAUCUAUCGUUGCUACAAGAAGUUGAAACUUUGAGUAAGGAUGCAUUGGGAAAUGUGGACAUUGCUCCGACUUCAGCAAUUCCUCCAUACAAGGUCCUUCGGAAUAUCUCCUCCUCGUUGAAAACGGCUCAAAUCGCCGCGGAUGGUGCGGCUCCUCACCUCAUCGAAUACACCGAAAGUCUCGCCACUUCUGUGAAGAAGCAAUUACAAGACAGUUUCAGUAGCCGAUUGCAACAGGCACUGGAUAAGUUGAGGUGGCCGAGUAGGGAUCUGGUUCUGAAUGAUGAUUUCAUCCAAGAAUGGCUGAAGAGCGUGGAAUUGUUGCUUGAUUUGCAGGAACCUGACUUGAAGGCUUACUCGGAGUCAAUCAUAUCCUCUCGCGCAGACGUAUCCCAAGUGUUACUACCGUUGCAGGUUAUGGUGCAUCCAUUAGAGCUCCGCUUCAAGUAUCACUUCAGCGGAGCUAAGCCAACUAAUAGGCUCGACAAGCCUGAAUACUUUCUCUCACAUGUCUCCGAUUUAAUUACUUUCUAUGUUGGUUUUUUAACAGCAUACCUGCAACCAGUCCUGGAUAGGCGAGCGGAACUGGCUGAAGAUGGAUUGAAGUGGCACUUCUUGAGCGCAGUCAAUGCCUUCAUCACUUCCUUAUUGCCUAUGGUCAGGCAAAAAAUCGACACCUUCCUUCCUCAAGUGGAAACGAGUCCCCAACUUCUCAGUCAUUUCAUUCACGAACUUAUGAAAUUCGACGAAGAUCUUCGGCAGACGUGGAAUUAUCUGCCCAAUCCUUAUUCUACACAAAACUGGAGAGGGCUUGCUUCAGAAGUCCUCACUCAACAGAAUUGGUUUGAUCGAUGGCUUCAUGUUGAAAAGGAAUUUGCUUUGACGCGGUACAAAGAUAUCAUCGAUACACCAGAAAGCGGACAGAUCGAUUAUGACGGAGUUGAACCAAGUGUUACAAAACCAACGAAUGCUGCCAUUCGGGUUAAUGAUCUCCUCGAGACAAUAACAGACCUGUAUAGGCCACUAUCUUCGUUCAGUCAGAAGCUACGCUUCCUCAUCGACAUACAGAUUACUGUAUUUGAUCAAUUCCACGAGCGGUUGCAUUCUGGGCUUGAGGCCUAUCUUGCUAUGACAUCAACCAUUGGUCGCACUGUUCAGGGCGGUGAUCAAGGGCGCCUCGAAGGAGUGGCCGGUCUCGAUCGACUCUGUCGAAUUUUCGGGAGCGCAGAGUACCUGGAAAAGAAAAUGCAGGACUGGAGCGAUGACGUCUUCUUCCUUGACCUCUGGUACGAACUUCAAGGCCGUGUCCGACGGAGCAGAGGCGACGGUCAGAAUGUUGUAGGGCCCAUGUCCGUCGCCGAGGUGGCUCAGAGGACCUCUCAAGCGGUAGCUCAGACUCACACAAAUGGCCAAAGCCAGAGUUCCGAGGGCGCCUUAUUUGACGAAACAGCAUCCGCAUACCGUCGUCUCAGACUGCGGUCGGAGAACAUCAUUAUUUCUACAUUUUCCGCCGAGGUGCAAUCAUCUCUCAAGCCCUAUUCUCGCGUGUCAAUGUGGUCAUCGCUCUCUGCUCCCUCCGCUAGUUAUCCUCACCCACUGACCUCCGAACUGACCCCCACGGUUCGCAUCAUAUCUUCAAAUCUCUCGUUUCUUGCCCGAGCGCUAGGUACUGCACCCCUGAGGAGGAUCAACAGACAGGUCCUGCUGUCCGUGCAAAGUUUUAUUUUGGAUCAAGUCAUUCUGCGGCAUUCGUUCUCAGCCGCCGGUGCAUCCCAGCUUGCGAGCGAUAUUGAUCAUUUGUGCAGCGUCAUUGAAAAUGCACUUGGACAAAACUUCACCUCGUCAACGAUUUACCAAGGAGAAGCGAUGCGAGUCAUGAGAAGACUAAACGAGAGUCUGGUCCUGCUAUCGCUGAGAAUAAAACCUCAAAAUACCACUACCGCAGCUGAAACGCAUGAAGAGGUCGAAACGCAUGAAGCAGGAGCAGACUUGGGUCUGUGGGAAGUCGAAAGAAGACUGUUCGCAAACAACGAGAGCGCCCGUGAUGUAUUGAGUGAGCUGGAAAUUGAAACUCUUGCGGUAACGGAUGCGAGAGCAGUGUUGGAGAAAAGAGUUGAAGUUCGAAGUUGA